AUGGAUUACAGAUUACUUAUCAUUGAUAACAAGAAAUUUUCAAAAUAUUGUAAAUUUUCAAAAUGUAUUUAUUUGUUGACCCAAGUGGGUAGGGAUCUCCAUCUCGACUGGAAUCUGACAACCCAUACAUACGGGGAUUGUACCCUAACGUAUCGUGUCACUGUUGAAGAUGAAGACAGGGGAGAAAUCCAAGACAUCUACGUCACUGAACGCUCCGCUGUCCUCGAUUUCGUUUCACCUUGUGUCAACUACCAGUUGAGGGUCAGAGCUGUCAACAGGGCCUUCCCCACAAUUGAGGGACCAGUGAGGUACACCCAGUACCAACUUCCACCAGAACUACCCAGUAGCCUCCAACAACUUUUCCUCACAUCCAACGCCACCCUGUACUGGUUUAUGCAUCCAAAUGAACCAUGUGAAAUAACAUACUUCCAAGUGGACAUUGUCGGAGACAGAGAAGAUGAGCACCACUUCAAAGUCAUGGAAAAUUUCGUCGACCUGUCUUUCCUUGAAAUAUGCGAGAAGUGGACUUUUACUGUUACCCCCGUCUCCAAGGAGGUCAUGGGAUUUUCACGCGCCUUGACUGAAUCCCUUCCAUUGCCUCCUAGUUCUGGUGGAAUUGAAGUCUCUCACCUACAACAGCAUGUAUUUCUUCCGGAUUUACGUAGAGAACAGUGGCGGGGCGUCACCAGCCUUCCUUUUGGCUGUACAAACCCACGACCUCACCCCCAGCUAGUUGUAUUGUGA